AUGGCAUAUAGAAGAAGGCAGCAGCAGGAGACAUCAAGCACAAGCAGCAGAAGCAGAGGCAGAAGCAGGCCGUCUCCAAUCACGACAACAUCUUCUUCUUCUUCUUUUUCAUUGGACCAAGAGGAUUGGAGUUACGAAGAUGUUGAUGUUAAUGAUAAUAAUGACAGUAUCGACGAUAAGAGCAAUUCCACAUCCCUGGCUGCCAAAGCCAUUAGAGCUUCUUCCGCUGCCCAUAGAGACUCCUCUCUCUCCUCCGCUUACGCCUUCACUAAUCACCCCUCUCCCUCUCCCUCUCCCUCCCCGUCCUCUAACUCUUCCAAUUUCAAUUCUUCUUCUACCAAGGAGGAGGAAUCGAAAAAGGCCUAUAAUCACGAGUACACAUCAAUGAAAACAUUGAACGAAACAAAGCAACAGCAGCAGCAAGGGUUUUGGGGUACUCUUGCUAGAAAAGCUAAAUCCAUUCUUGAUGAUGAUUUCAAUACUAAUGACGACAAUGCUCCUCCACCUUCUCCUUCGCAAAAGCAACAACAACACCAACAAAUGGAUUCAGCUACUGGCAGGACUACUACAAGGCAGCAUCGUGUCCCUGACUCUGCAACUAUGCCCAAGUACCAGAAUCCAUACCCUUCUCGCGAGACCAAUCAAAAAACAGAGAGUCCUGCAUUACAGAAGGGACUCAAUGCAAUCUCAUCUUCCCUGAAUUACAUCGGUAAUGCUGUUGAGGAAGGUCUAACAAGAGUGGAGAACCGAACUGCAGAUAUUAUCCAUGAAACUCGUAAGCAUAUUCGGAAAAAGCCUAACGGUGCUGCAGCACAGAAUCAGGCAACCGAUCAGAGUGGCAUUUGGAAACAUCCUCAAAUGCAGAACAAUAGACAACAACCCCAGAAAGAAACUGAGCAAGAACUUCAACUGAAGGCAUCUCGCGACGUUGCGAUGGCAAUGGCUGCCAAGGCAAAGCUUCUUCUUCGAGAGUUGAAAACUGUUAAAGCGGACUUGGCUUUUGCUAAGGAGCGAUGCGCUCAGCUGGAGGAGGAAAAUAAAAUCCUCAGGGAGAAUCGUGAAAGGGGAGAGAAUUUGGAAGAUGAUGAUUUGAUUCGGCUUCAACUUGAAACACUGUUAGCAGAGAAGGCCAGAUUGGCACAUGAGAACUCAGUCUAUGCUCGUGAGAACCGCUUUUUAAGGGAGGUUGUUGAAUAUCACCAGCUUACCAUGCAGGAUGUUGUAUACUUGGAUGAGGGCACUGAAGAAGUAACUGAAGUAUAUCCCAUCAAGGUUGUCUCCAAUACUUCCUCCAGGGCUACAUCACCCCCUCCGGUGCAUACGGAGGCUUCCCAUGAUUCAAGUCUGCCCGUGACUCGAGACAUCUUGCCUCAUCCUGUCCCCCCACCAGGGUCUGCUGCGUCACCAAAUUCAUAUGCCUCGACAUCAAUUGCAUCAGAUAUAAGAAAACACUCUUAUCCUACUGUUUGA